AUAUAUAUAUAAUAGAAAUUUUGAGUAAUAUAUAAACUCGCGCACGCGCACAGAUGAAGAUCUUGUAUCGCCAUUCUGUUGUGGUCAAACAAAUUCGACAGUACAUCAUCAUCUUUUCAAAUUGUAAUGUGUGUUAGUCAAAUUUUUCGAGAACUGUACUUUUCAUAAUAGUUAUACCUAAUAACUUAGUGAAUAAUAAUGUGUCGUAAAAAGAAAUAUCAUGGAAUAACAAUUUUUAUAGUUCGCUAUUUUGUUAUCGAACAAUUAAAAAAAGAAAUUAUCUGACAACAGUGCGAUUGAAAUAUUAUUAUUAUGAGAGAAACUCAUGCUAUUUUGAUAAAUAACGUGAUAAUGUAUUAAAUAAGGUAUUUGAAACGUUUUCCAACACCAAACGUUUUCCAAAAAAAAUAUACCGGCAUGGUAUCAGUUAAUCGAUCAAAAUAGUAUAUUCGGAAUCUGCAGAUUUCAUCUAGCCAUGUGUAGUCACGGCACACUGAUCCGUGUCCCAUGAAUACGUCGUCCAUGAAUAUUGCAACAUUAUUAACAAUGGAGCAAAGUACUGUUAAUUAUUAUGAUAAUUCUACUGUACUCGUAAUCCUGCAAAAAAGUAUGGUACAAAAAUCAUCGUAAUCAAAUUAGUAACGUGAUGAGUUUAAAAGUUGAAAGACUGGAUUUUUUAUUUGCCAUACACAAUUCAUUAUAUCGAAAAAGUGAAUAUCACAAUAAUAUUAUUGCUUCAAAAUAAUAAACGAACGUGUUUUUUUAUUCGUGUUAUAUUAAAGAAGUAUCUAUAAUAAAAUUACUGAGCAAUGAAUUUAUUGCUAAUAUUUAAUAGCAGUGUGCAUUUACAUUAACUACAUAUCUCUAAUAUAUUUGGAUCUAUUAUAAAGAAAGAAAGUGAUAAUAUAACAUAAGGAACAUGUUAUAAAGAUAUAACAAUAUAUUUACCAAUUUAUACAAACGUGCCAAAUUUAUAUACAAAAUGUUUGGUUCAACAACUCUAGUAAGCAGGUCAUUCCUAGCAAUUUUGAUAUUAAUGACAUUAUACUUCCUUGGAAUGGAUCUUCUAUUGUAUUCUAGAACACAAAAUUAUGAUAUAAGACCUAUAUCAAAUGGUACACAAUAUGUUUCAAUCAUACCUUGUGAUUUUAAUCCAUUGUGUACAGUGACUGUAAAAGGAUUAAUGCUUGAUCAUCCAAAUCAUUUUCUCUUGAGUCCUCUUGCAGCUAUCAUGGAUGAUCUAUUGCAUAUAAGCAGUUCUUGGAUAUGGGUGACACCAAACACAAUCAGUUGUUUCCAUGUAUUAAUAGCAGUGCUGGCUGGUAAAUGUGUUUCCAGUGAUUCGUUGUCUUAUAGACGUUUAGGUGUAAUACUGUUUCAAGCAAGAACAUGGUUGGAUGAUUUGGAUGGACAUGUUGCUAGAAAAAGAGCAAAUAUUAAUGGUGAACGAUCAGACAUUGGCUCAUCUGGUUACAUUAUCGAUGGUAUUUGUGAUGCUUUUGGAUGUGUUGCUUUUAUUAUUGGCUUAUAUCAAUUUCUUGCUCGUAACUCAAGUAGACGUGGAGGUUACGAUAAGCUACCACAACUUCCUGUAUCUUCAGUUUUGGAACCUGGAAAUGUAACUUUGAAAACUUCAAAUGCAGCACUUCGUAACAUAUUACUUAUAGCCGUCCAUUUGUUCCUCAGCAGUGCCGCCUGGAAUCGAUAUAUAUAUUUAUAUCAAGAUCUUCUUGAGACUGAAUAUAGAACAACACCGAUUAGUAGAGAACAUUUUUAUGCUAGACAAACAGCUAUAUUUAGAAGUUUAUCCUUUACAAUAAUAACCCUUUGUUGGAAAUUUUUGAAUUUUCAUGCUGUCAUGGAUUACUUGCUGUUGGCAAUAUUUUUUGAUCGUAUGCGGGAGUAUAUUAGACUUGUAAAGUGGUCUUUAUAUGUUCUUGUAUUAUUACUUGUUUAUGUAACUGAAUUUCAUUAUUUACGGGCCUAUACAUACAUGCAAGAUGUACCAUCAUUGAUUGAUGAAGAGAUAUCUUCAUCUGAUGUCUACACUCAAGGAUGACAGUGUGAAUCUUGGAAAGCAUUAUUUUCUACUAUUUGUUACUGGUGAUAUAAUGACUAAGAUGACUAUUGUACACUGAAAUUUGCAAAUUUGUCUACGAAAGCAAUAUGUUGAUAAAAUUUUUUGUAUUUUCUAUUUUUCUGCAUGUAUUUUAUAUACACAGCAGACUGAUGUAUAAAAAAAUGUGUAUAACCCCUUAAAUGAUAAGGUAAUAAUACUUUAUUACGAAUUAGCUUUAUAAAAUAUAUAUGUUAAUGUUCUAUUAUAAACAAAAUUUUCAACAGUAAUUUUCCUAAAUUAUUUGUAGAUCGUAAUAUGUAUUAAUUCACGUGUUGCUCUUUUAGAUAAACAUAAUUAUUAGUAAUAAUUAAUACUGAUUUACAUCACUAAAUAUUUAAUAAUACAUUUGUCUUCCUAGUUAAGCAUUUAUAUAAUAUGUUUCAAUUUCAUAUUUGUAGAAUGUGGUUAUUAAAAUAUAUUGAUUAAUUGUCAUAGAUUAUUGAUUUUGGUGGUAUUGCUGUGAUGUUCGAUAUUAUUGGAAUACUUGGGGAUAAUGUUAAUAUCUACUUAUACGAUAAUAAACAAUAACUUACACAUACUAUUGAAAAAUAAUAAUGGACCUUAGCGUAAAUUUUCAUAAAAUGUUUUCAUAAAAUGUCAAACCUCAUAAAAUGUUUUUAGUAUGCUUUUUAUACCUGUACUUCAAAUUAUCGCAUAUUUUGACUGUCAUUAUUAUAUGCAAUAAUAUUGUAUAUAUGCAAUAAAAUUGUAUUAUAUGCAUAACAUAAAUAUGUAUUUAUAUUAAAUAUAAGAGUUAAGUAAUAUAUAUUGAUACGUGAUAAUUAUUAACACUAAAUGCAUCAAAGUAUAUAAUUUUGUACUUUUUAUUUGUAAUAAUUAACAACUUCUUGCUUUUAUCCGUAUUUCUAGCGUGAUCCAGUGUCGUGAGUUACCUAAUUAGAGUACUUGUAAGUUUGCCGAAGUCGAAGUAAAUCGUUAUAACAAGCUUUCAAUAAAAUCCGAUAUAAAUAUGACAUUAAACCACAAAGACGUAAUACAUGUAAUAUUCCGCCGUUAGCGAUGUGCGCAAGAUUAAAGCUGGUAGUAGAUUUCAGAGAAUAGAACUUCACGUUAAACUUGGAAAACGAUCAGUGCAUUCAACAGUGUACUAAUCAAGUUUAUGUGAAAUAUAACUUUUGCUUAUCUGACA